UAUAAGUAGGUUCUUUCUUUCUAUGGUCAUCCUCAAUGUAAAGAGAGUCAGCCAGUCUCUCUCUUAUCUCAACGCUUGUACGUCUCUGAGAUGCAGAUACCAGUCCCGAUUAGAGCUCCGACAUGGAUUUCCACGCGAAGACUCUUCGAGGAGAAGCUAUUAGAUCUUCACAAAUGCACCAACCUAAAUCACGUGAAACAAGUUCUAGCCAUCGCAUACAAAUCCAAUCUUCACAGAGACCUUUUCGUCACUCGGAAGCUCAUCGCUGCCUUCGCAAUUUGUCGCCAAAUGGUGUUGGCGGUUAACGUCUUCCGUCAAAUUCAAGACCCCAAUGUGCAUCUAUACAAUACUUUGAUCAGAGCUCACACUCAGAACUCCCAGCCUUAUCAGGCCUUUGCAUCUUUCCUCGAUAUGCUGCACUGUGGCGUGUUCCCUGAUAAUUUCACUUACCCUUUUUUGCUGAAGGCGUUUUCCGGGCAAGCUUCGUUGCGGUUGGUUCAAAUGAUUCAUACACAUAUUGAGAAAUUUGGUUUCUCUUCAGAUAUAUUUGUGCCCAAUUCGUUGAUUGAUAGCUACUCGAAGUGUGGUUCUGUAGGCUUACAAGCGGCAAGGAAGUUGUUUGGGGUGAUGGUGGAACGAGACGUUGUUUCUUGGAAUUCAAUGAUCAGUGGGUUGGUGAAGGCGGGUGAGGUGAGGGAAGCUCGUCGCCUGUUUGAUGAAAUGCCUGACAGAGAUACCGUGAGUUGGAAUACAAUAUUGGAUGGUUAUUCGAAGGCAGGACAUAUGGACGUUGCAUUUGAAUUAUUCCAAAAGAUGCCGGAGAGGAAUGUUGUGUCUUGGUCUACAAUGGUUUCCGGUUAUUGUAAAGCUGGGGAGAUGGAGAUGGCAAGGAUGUUGUUUGAUAAGAUGCCGGCCAAGAAUCUGGUUACUUGGACUAUAAUAAUUUCCGGGUAUGCUGAAAAGGGACUUGCAACAGAUGCUAUUAGCUUGUUUGACAAAAUGGAGGAGGCAGGAUUGAAGCCUGAUGAUGGCACUAUUAUAAGUAUUUUAGCUGCUUGUGCAGAGUCAGGCUUGCUUGCAUUGGGGGAGAGAGUUCAUGCCUCAAUAGACAGGGCUAGGUAUAAAUGUAGUCCUCACAUAUCCAAUGCGUUGAUUGAUAUGUAUGCAAAAUGUGGCAGCUUGAACCAGGCAUUGAGUAUCUUUAAUGGGAUGAAAAAAAGAGAUUUGGUGUCUUGGAAUGCCAUAAUUCAGGGUCUGGCUAUGCAUGGGCAUGGGGAGAAAGCACUUCAGCUUUUCUCUGGAAUGAAGAAAGAGGGAUUUGUGCCUGAUAAAGUUACAUUAGUUGGUGUUUUAUGUGCUUGUACACAUGGAGGUUUUGUUGAUGAGGGAAUCCAUUACUUCUAUACGAUGGAAAGGGAUUAUGGAAUAGUUCCUGAAAUUGAACACUAUGGUUGCAUGAUUGAUCUUUUAGGCCGUGGAGGGCAUCUUGAGGAAGCUUUUAGGCUUGUACACAGCAUGCCAAUGGAACCAAAUGUCAUUAUAUGGGGUACCCUUUUAGGGGCAUGCCGAGUGCAUAAUGCUGUGGAUUAUGCUAAGGAGGCGCUUGAUCACCUGGUUGAACUGGAACCAACAGAUGCAGGAAACGUUUCCAUGUUGUCCAAUAUAUAUGCUGCAGCAGGAGACUGGGACAGUUUUGCGAGUUUAAGGCUUCAGAUGAAGAACAUGGGCACUCAGAAGCCAUCAGGGGCUAGUUCAAUUGAAUUAGAUAACGAGGUUUAUGAAUUCACUGUCCUAGAUAGAUCACACCCAAAAUCAAAUAGCAUGUAUCAGAUGAUUAGUGGACUACGCCUGCAUCUUAAGCAAGUUGGCCACGUCCGAGAGGCAUACUAA